AUGAUUUUACUGGAAAUUGAAAAUAAAAUUGUAGAAACUACUCUUAAGAGUAGGCUAAACAGUCAAAAGCCUGACGCCGUCGAUCAAACGGUUGCUGACUACGAUGGCGUGGUAUUUCAUAUUUCAAAUCCAGGCCGGGAUAAAAGUAAAAUAAUGGUUAGCAUUUCUAUAAGAUCCUAUGCUCAACUUCAACAACAUGGCGUCGAUGAGCAUCUGGCUACAAUAUACGGCAACUACCUAACCACCCCGGAGGAAGGCUAUGAUGUAUCUCUGUUGUUCGAUUUGGAAAAUCUUUCAUCCGAUAAAGAUAUCCUCAUAAGAAAUGCUAGCCUCUUGAAGCGAAACUGUGUAGCUUGCGUGUUUGAGAAAUACUUUGAUUUACAAAAGCAAUACGAAGAUCAAGGAGUACAGAGUAAAGAUUUUGCAAUUAUAAACUAUCGCGAAGAUGAGACACUUUAUAUCCAGGCGCAGAAAGAUCGAGUUGUUGUGAUUUUUAGCACUCUUUUCAAGGAUGAGAAUGAUAUCAUUAUUGGUAAAGUUUUCAUGCAGGAAUUUAAAGAAGGAAGGCGUGGUCGCCAAGAAGCUCCACAGGUGCUGUUUAGCCAUAGAGACCCUCCACUUGAGCUACGUGGCACUAGUGCUCGUAUUGGAGACAACGUUGCUUACAUCUCAUUUGUUCUUUUUCCUAGACAUACAAAUCCCAAAAAUCGCCAAAAUACAAUCAAUGUAAUUCAUACUUUCCGAAAUUAUUUACAUUAUCAUAUCAAAUGCUCAAAGGCGUACCUACAUUCUCGGAUGAGAGCUCGCACCGAGGAUUUCUUGAAAGUUCUUAACCGAGCCAAACCUGAGAAAGUCUCCGAAAAGAAAACUAUAAGUGGCAAGACUUUCGUUAGGAGAUAA